AUGUCCCUCAUUUCCUGCCCUCCUGAUGUCCUCCUCAUUAUUCUUGAGCUUCUUGUCCCUGCCUGGGAUCCGGAGCGUCAAGCCGCUCAAACCCCCACCGCCGACCGACGUAAGCUAGCUUGGCAACAUGGCUUCGAAGCUGAUGGGGAGACAAAAGAGCACCUGGAAGCGAAGAAAACAUUCUCGAGCUUGGCUUUGACCUGCAAAGAUAUAUCCGAAGCCGCCAUGAUCAUGCUGUACCGCGAAAUCUGUCUCCAUAGCGCCACGUCCAUGGUUAAUUUGCUUCGCACGCUUCUGAGAACACCUCGUUUACGCCAGUAUGUCAGAUCGCUUGCCUGCGCAAAGCAUAUGGAUCAAUUUGAUCACGAGGAAGAAUCAAGGAAAAUCCUAUCAUCGAUCGACUGGGACAUAAACUCAAUGGGUUCAUUCGAGAGAUCGGUAUUUGGCUUGGCUAAAUGUGAAGCCUUCUGCUCGGGCAACCUACCUUGUCCUGAGGAUGAUUUAGACAAUCAGACCUUCGACGACGACCUGGACGAUGACCCAGUAUACGAUCAUCCGUCCAUUCCAACUCAGCCAUAUCUUGUCCCAGUCAUUGGUCCCUCGGUCUUAGCUUCGCUUAUCUGCCUCGUGCCGAAUGUAACAAGCUUCUGUUUUACUCCACCAACAGGAGAUGAUACUGACGUCCACAAAACAUUGAGGGACAGUCUUGAUAAAGCCCAGGAAUUAUCGGUGGAUGACGGCCAUCCACUGUCAGUAUUGCCAAGACUUUCCACGCUUGCCUUGUACUCGCAUGCCGCCAUCCUUAGUGCACAAUGGGAAUGUAUCUGGAUAUCGUUCUGGGCUCGGUUUUCCAAAUCGGGGAUUCAAAAGUUAAAGGUUUUACAAGCGAUUAUGUCCGUCGACGAUUUUGAAGAAUGUAACGAGGGAAUGAUGGACGUCUUGUCGAAUGAGGAUGCAGAGUACUUUCAAGACCAAGACCGCUACGUCUCGGAAGCCAAGUGGGAAGCCCUUGAAGAAUUACAGGCAUUCUUGACAGGCACAUGGGGGCAUGAGUGGUUUGGAAUUUUUAAGGUCUUUUCCCACUUAAAAAGAGUGGAAAUUACGCCUACAAAGCGACCGAUAAGUUACCAGGAAGUAUUUGAUCCCGAUGGGGGCACCUUGGAGAGUGGUCUCAUUCAACUCAGAACGACUCUCGAAUAUUUCAAACUCACUGGCCUUUACACUGAGACGAUCGUGCCCGAGCUCGGACCCGAGGGGGUUCUCACUUGUCUAUCUCAGUUCACAUGCCUUCGCCAUCUGGAUAUCGCCACUUUGGCGCUGUUUCGAAACCCAGAGCAAAUGGAAGGUUUUUCCAUUGCGGAAACCCUACCCCAGUCGCUAGAUACUAUCUUCUUUCGGGAAGAGUGGUUGCUAUCUGACCUAGAAGAUAUCGAAUCCGGCACCAGUGAUCAACAGCUCCAGUAUAGCCGUAUCGUUAUCGAUUGUUUGAAGAGGAUGAUCGAUGAUGAGAAUGGGCUGCCGAAGCUUCGACAUUUGAGCUUUCAAGAGCAGCUCAUGGCCUGGACUCUGGGGCUUGACAUCAAAGACCUAUUAUCUCUAACUAGACGGCGCGUUAUAUUCAACGCAUACAACAAUAAAGGACUACCAAUGAAUCUCGAAGACUUUUUGAUUGCUCACCAUAUCUAG